GAAGAUAUGGGGCAGAUAGUGGAGAAAUACAACAAGGAACCAGGGAAAGGUCUACAGGCAGAGUCUGCUCUUCAGGACUUUAUUAUGACAAAAGAAUCUCUUAAAAUCUCCAUUAUGAAUGCUGAUGAUACUUUGACUGAGCAGCAGAAGAAGGAUGAAGAAAACAAGUCAUGCAGAAACAUGGAGGAUCUGGAAAAUAAAAUAAAGGAAUUAAAGUUGUCACAAGAGUCUAAAAUAGCUGAAGAUAAACAGCGAACUGCUGAGAUGAACUAUAUAGCAUUGAUGGAGAAGCAGUUCAGUGAAAACCGAAUGCUCCAAGAAAAACUG